AUCACGGACUGCCCCGGAUCUCCUUAGAGACGGGUUGGGAUCAACUAAAUGGGUUCCCAUCCCUUUAGGGUUGCAUAUUGAUAGUGGUUACUAGAUAGGUGUCUCUUACACCCUUAAAGUAGAUGGUAUUAAACUGUUAAUAAACUACGAUCGUAAUUGAGUUUGGUGACAAGUAGCUAGGUGUUAACCCACAUGGUGAUAAAGUGAAAGGCUUGUGAAGAGUCUCGUAACAUCCUUGGCAUUGAGGAUGUUUUAUAUAUUAAUAAUUGAUGAAAGUUCUUAACAACAGUAUCGGUUUCCGGGUUUCAUAUGACCGGCAUCUUCCGGUCUUCCCCACCUCUUCAUAACCCAUCUCAACACACCGCCCCAAACUCACCCAAAUCACAAACAGCAACAGCCACAUCGUUGUUCCUUUAAUGAUAGAAGUAUGUAAUUUUUUCAAAGAGACCGAAAUCGAAGUUCCGGCAGCUAGGAUUCCACUACGAACCCGACUACGGUGGUGAUUUGGGUUGUUGGUUCUGCGUCGGCUAGGGUUUCAAUUUAAAUCCGAAGACAGCGGUGAUUUCAGGUUGUCACUCUGAGGCCGGGAGCGGCAAUCGGAGAUUACGUUCACGAUCUCUCUGCGAUUCUUUCUGCAUGUUUGUUUGACGAUCCGUUGCUUUCCAAUUCAGAUUGUUUUUAUCAGUUUGACGAUUAACAAGCUAGGUGAAAGCUUGGGAACGAAGCAGGUCAAACGAAGCAAGAAUGACGGAAAAGCAUAAUUUGGAAGUAAGCUGAUUUCAGGAAAGUUGCACCUCCCCUCGCUGAUUCUCAAAAAAGAAUAGACGCCAUUAGACUCCUUCCAGAGGCAGAGAGAAGUUUCAACCCAUCUCCACCAACUCCAAGCCCUCUUUCAAGCGCAAACAUGUCUGAUUCCAGCAAAGUUCCAGUCUAUCUAGACCUCGACGAACUCGACAGCUAUCCAACUCCAACCAUAGUCAAGAAGGAGGCUCCUGCUGCCACCAGCUCCAAGCCACUCCCAGCUCCCAAGGCCAACCCAAGGACUCGUGCUUCCACAGCGAAAAAGAGGAAGGGCCUUGAGGUCAGUGCUCCAAGCUCAGGAGGGUUCUCCUAUGACGAUCUCAGCUUUACCGAUUCCUUAGAGCCAAUGACAUCCUUCCUUAACAAGGGCCUCCAGCAUUUGCUCCACUUGUACAAUGAUGCAUGUGGUACCGUCGCACUCCAUGAAGCCAGGAUCAAGCAGCUUGAAACUACUGUUGCCGACCAAGGUGCCAUUGCUGAAGCGAAGAGUCGGCACUAUGAGGAUAAGCUGAAAAAGGUCACUCAGGAUGCCGAGCUCAAAUUGGCCACCAUGCAAAUGGAUCAUGAUCAGGCCAUGAUCAAUUUCCGGGAAGGAAUCAAGACUUCUGCUAUUGUCUCCCUGUUACAAGCACGCAUCAAGAUGGCCUAUGAGGCCAAGGAGACAGGUCUUGUUUGUCCAUCCUGGCCAAUUGAAUCCUGGGUGGCCAAGUUGAAGGAGCUUAGAGGCAAAGCUGUGCCACUCCCAUCUGAAGCCGGUGAAUCUUCCAAGUCAGCGGAGGUGGCAGAUCAGGCUGGAGACAAGAAGGAUGCCGGAGCGGACGCUGGUGAGGAUGCUGGACAGGAUGCUGGUGAGGAUGCUGGUGCUGAGAAGCCGGGGAAAGCAGGAGAGGAUGCCGCUGUGUGAGG